AUGAUCUCCAGUCUUCCUGCUAAUGUAUUUGAAUUCACUCCAAAACUCAUUGAACUUUCCUUGACAGAAAACAAACUUCUCACUCUUCCUGAUAAAGUGUUCAGUAAACUGUUUAACCUGGCUAAACUUCUACUGAGCAAGAACCAGAUCUCAACUAUUGGAAAGAAAGCUUUCAGUGGCCUUAAACAUUUGAGUGAUCUUCAGCUGCAAGGAAACAAUAUUAGCACGUUGGACAAUGAAGUUUUUGAAGAAUUAUCCAAGUUGAAAAAGCUGAAUCUUGCCAAUAAUCAGUUGUUUAAUAUGCCUAAUGGAACCUUUAAUAAUUUGCAAUUUCUUUCUUCCUGUGGACUCGACCUGCAGAAUAACCCCUUUGUUUGCGACUGUCAAUUAAUAUACCUGAGAAAGUGGAUGAAGGCAAAUGAAAGGAGAGUAAAAUCAGCGAGUAAAUUGUUAUGUGACAGUCCUGUUGAUAGAGCUGGAUUGACUAUUCUAUCUUUAAAAGAGGAAGAAUUUAUCUGUUUAACUACAACGGCACUAACUAAUAUGCUAUAUUCACUUUUUAGCGAGAUUCUUGAAGCAAACCCUGUACUCGAUAGAGCUAAUCGAAUUCCAGGAUCUAGACCCUCAACCAAAUUACGUCCACAACCACUCAUACUUUGCUUGCACUAUUUUACAACCAAAGAAGCUAUACUCCAAGAGGCAAGGAAAAGGGAUAAACGAUCGUUGUAUUCCGUUGCUGAUUGUGCAUAUGAUGUCAUUGCGCGGAAGGAUACCAAAUUGUAUGCCCUCUACAGCGGUCAAUAUCUCAGGAGAAGAGAAGAAACUUUGACGCCCAUGUUCCAGCCAAUCAUUUCACUGGCGGGUUUUGAAAUGAUCUUUAGUUGCUAUGGUGCUUAUCAAAUGAAGUAUAGUCGGAGACACAGUAAUGGGAUAAACAAGCUUAUCAAGAGUUUUCAGAAGCAGAGGAGCUGUGCCUUUCCCAGUUUUGUAGAAGUAUAUUGUGACAAGGUUGUUAAAUUCCUUUCUUCUGGAUUUUGCUCGCCCAUAAGGAACAUGAUUUCCAGAUGGUUUUUGGGUAUUCUGACUCUGUGCACUUUUGCGACUUGCUCUUGUGAUUGUGAAUUCCAAAAAGAAGACUUUGUUUGUAACAAAAGAUCCAUGAAGGAAAUGCCAGCGAAUAUACCUUCCAAUGUAACUGAAAUACACGUGAUGAAUACUAAUAUUAGCACAUUAAGAUCUGGGGCCUUUAAGAAUUAUCCUGCAACAGUGAAGAGGAUUGAUUUUAUGAAUAAAUUACUAUCGACGAUAGAAAUUGGGGCCCUGGAUGGUCUCCGUAAUCUCAUUCAUCUUGAGGUAGAUGGUAGCCAACUGGAAACAUUGAAUGUUGGGGUUUUUGACAACCUUCCACAACUGAAGAAUCUCUUCCUGACAACAAAUCGUAUUAAGAAUCUAGAAAAGGGAUUAUUUGAUAAACUUCUGAAAUUAGAGGAACUGCGUUUGUUUGACAAUAGAUUACACGAGAUUCCAAGUGGAAUACUUGACAAACUUUCACAGCUUCAAAAAUUGCAUAUUGGAGGAAAUCAGAUAAAGAAUCUUCCUCCACGAAUAUUUGAUAAAGUUAGAAAACUCAAAGUUCUUCGACUUCACAAUAAUCAGAUUGCUAAUCUUACAACAGGUAUUUUUGACCAUCUCUCAGACCUCACUGAGCUUUCUUUGGGUAGGAAUAAUAUUUCACAUCUCCCAGCUGACAUUUUUUCUAAACUUAUUAUGUUAGAAAAGUUGUAUUUGGAGUCAAACUCCAUCACAGAACUUCCUGAAGCAAUUUUGAACAAUUUGACAAAAUUAUCUCGCCUGAAGCUGGACUCUAACAUGAUCUCCAGUCUUCCUGCUAAUGUAUUUGAAUUCACUCCAAAACUCAUUGAACUUUCCUUGACAGAAAACAAUCUUCUCUCUCUUCCUGAUAAUGUGUUCAGUAAACUGUCUAACCUGCUUAAACUUCUACUGAGCAAGAACCAGAUCUCAACUAUUGGAAAGAAAGCUUUCAGUGGCCUUAAACAUUUGAGUGAUCUUCAGCUGCAAGGAAACAAUAUUAACACGUUGGACAAUGAAGUUUUUGAAAAAUUAUCCAAGUUGAAAAAGCUGAAUCUUGCCAAUAAUCAGUUGUCUAAUAUACCUAACGGAACCUUUAAUAAUUUGCGAUCUCUUUCUUCCCGUGGACUCGACCUGCAGAAUAACCCCUUUGUUUGCGACUGUCAAUUAAUAUACCUGAGAAAGUGGAUGAAGGCAAAUGAAAGGAGAGUAAAAUCAGCGAGUAAAUUGUUAUGUGACAGUCCUGUUGAUAGAGCUGGAUUGACUAUUCUAUCUUUAAAAGAGGAAGAAUUUAUCUGUUUAACUACAACGGCACUAACUACUAUUCCACAAGUUUCAACUUUGAUGACAACUUUAUUAACUGCCGUGAAUAUCUUUACAACAGAAGGAAUUAUCACACCAGAAACUUCAAAUCCUAUUGUGACUACAGUGUUAACUACUCCCAGUACAACAGAACUCACAACAGAACAGACAUCCACAUCUGGCAUUUCAACACAUAUUACGACUACAGUAUUAUCUACUCCCUGUACCACAAAGACUACAGAACAGAGCACCACACCAGAAAUUUCAACACCUAGUUUGACUACGGAGUUACCCACUCCCAGCACAACUGAACUAACAGAACAGUCUACCACACCAGAAAUGUCAACACCUCGUUUGACUACGGAGUUAUCAACUCCCAGUACAAUUGAACUAACAGAACAGUCUACCACACCAGAAAUUUCAACACUUACUUUGACUACGGAGUUAUCUACUCCCAGUACAACUGAACUAACAGAACAGUCUACCACACCAGAAAUUUCAACACUUACUUUGACUACGGAGUUAUCUACUCCCAGUACAACUGAACUAGCAGAACAGUCUACCACACCAGAAAUUUCAACACCUAGUUUGACUACGGAGUUAUCUACUCCCAGUACAACUGAACUAGCAGAACAGUCUACCACACCAGAAAUUUCAACAUCUAGUUUGACUACAGAAUUAUCUACUCCCAGUACAACUGAAUUAACGGAACAGACCACCACUCCAGAAGUUUCAACUACGACUAAAAUUAUGAGGAUAGCCACAACCAAAAUUUCUACAACUCAUGGUAUGACAACCGAACAAGCAUCUCACAUGCAUUGGACAUCCUCAAUAACUUGGAUGACAUCAAUGGCUAAAGUAACAAGCGCAAAGGUGAUCUUCAAUUCAGUAAUUCUUACUAAAUAUACUUCAGAAACACCAACUGAAAACACCUCUAUACCAGAAUUCUCUUCUACUUCUGUGCAAACAUCAAGUCCAAAGAAUAUAAAUGCAUUUUCUUCUCGAAGAGAAACAUGGGCUUCCCAUGAAAUGGGAAACUGUAUGAUACUUGCAAUAUUAUCUCUAAUACUUCUAUUGUUCCAAAUAAUCUUGACAACCACGCUACUAUACUACAUUUGGAGACUUUACAAAUCUCUUCUUUAUGAAAAGAAAAAGCAGACUUUGAUUAAACUAAUUAAAUUUUCAAGAAGAUAACAAUUUUGAUAACGAAGUGAAUAAUGACAUACUCUUUGAAAUUCUAUUUAAUUAGUAUUAGUCUAUUUUACUUGGUCCAAAACAUUGCAUGAUAUUUAGUCAAGUUGGAUUUGGCCUCCUUCUUUGUAAAGAACACAAUUUUACACAUGAUUAGACAUAUGCCAAUAUUGCAAUCGUACUGCCACCCAGCCCAUUAAAUGUUGUGGAGCAGAGGUCUUUUUGUAUUAUAAUUGUCUGGUCCCAAAGGUUUGUUGAGUUUCAAAGGUACAUUUAAUAUCAGAGAAACGCAUACAACAUACAUCCUGAAAUUCUUUUUCUUCACAACCAUCCACGAAAACAGGAGUGCCACAAAGAAUGAAUGACAGUUAAAUGUUAGAACUCCAAAGACACCCCAGCUUCCCUCCCAUGCAUAAGUAGCAGCAAAGCAACGACUCUUCCACCCCACCAGCAAAAAAAAAGCAACAGUACCCCCACCGAGCACUCAAAUGUACAACAAAGCAUCGAUAAAUAAACAGACUUGCAGUACCCCAAAGACUACUUGCAGUACCCUAAAGAUCUUAGUAUUCAACAUACCACAGGGUCUCUCUCUCCCUAAUAAAGGAAAAGGAAGUGUCCCUGUUUCACAGUGAGAGGGGAGACAUAAAAAACAACUUGUUGAUUUAUGAUGUUAAAAGACAGUUGUGUCACUUUUUCCGAGCUCGGUGCCCAAAGAACUUGGGUCUCUGGGCACACAGCCAGCUCGCUGCCUUCAAUCUUCCAUCUCCCACGACACACCAAUUUCCUGUGGAGGCACUGACCUCAGGUCUGCCUGCUUCCAGGGACACGAAAUCCCAGAAACCUAAAGGUGCUCUAGUCUUCUAGGCCACGUUGUGGGACCCCGACAGCGGGUCCCAUUCCCGCAAAGAACUGAAGUCAGUGUGUAACUCCAGGUCAAAAGAACCCUGAAAGGGAAAAAUAGAGAUGUUAAAGAUAGAAAUAGAGCCGUUUCCGGAGAUGCAAGCAAAGGUGCCAUCGUCCUCCAAAGCUCCACCAUUGAGUGUAGUUCUCUCAGCCUUAAAAGUAUCAUAUGAAUGAAUGAAAGUGAAAUACAGAAUUAAUAAUUACUAUAAUGAUGGAUGUUUAACAAAAUAGACAACGUCAAAUCUAUAAAGCCACAGGUCAGUAGUUGAGGAAUUACUUGUCGGUUAACUAUCUCUAGCUAAACAUUAAAUGCAAACAAUAUCAUUCCAGCACUUCCUUGUAAAGAAAUAUUGGCUUCCAGUGUUUGUUAAAGAAAAUACAAACAAUCACUUCUUUGCCUGAAACCUGAAAGUUCUUGUUAAGCAAAAAAGGAGAAGUCAAGAAACGGGGAACAGUCAUGCAUCAGUGCUCCAUUCCCCUGGUGUAAAUGUAGAGUUCAAUGUGAUUCCUCCUUAGUAUAUGCUAAAAUAAAAUGGACAUCUGUCAAACAAAAUGGUGUUAGUUUGGAGUGGGAUGGUUUUGAGAAAGUGCAAGAGAACCAGUCCACGGCAAUGUUUGGAGGAAGUCAAGGAAACACAAGUCUGCAGCCAUAAUACUGAAAAUUGGUGAAAAACACUUUUUUUUCUGGGCUGAACAUAAUAAGAGAUAAGAGGGUGCAGACUGUACCACCAAAGGAUGGAAAAGUAAGGGGUUAUGAAGAGUAUAAAAAGGGGCACUUUCUGUGCAAUUGGGGAAGUUUGUCUUGGGCUACAUCAUCGGUGGUGCUAAUGCAAGAUAGGGAACAGUAUGUUAAGUCACCCAGAAAGAUUUAGAGAGAAAGAAAAAGAGAGAGGUAGGGAAUGAGAGAGAAAGGGGGAGAAAGAAAGAGAGAGAGAGAGAGAGAGAGAGAGAGAGAGAGAGAGAGAGAGAGAGAGAGAGAGAGAGAGAGAGAGAGAAACAGGCUGCAAGAAAGAUUGUUAAAUCUGUGACUUUCCAACAUUGCAGAGAAAGGCUUGUUCAGUGCAUAAGUAUUAUUUUGAUUCCUGUACCGCUUCUACUGUAGACAUUUGUUUUUCUUUCUGUGUUGCAUCUGUGCUAAUUCUAAUAAAAUGUUAUUUUGUGGUUUAA